UACAUCAUAAGCGAAAGCGCAUUUGACUAACAACACCAAACAGGACGCUACCAGCCAAACAGCCGGUUCCUUUGUUGUCAAAACAUGUCUGGAAGAGGUAAAACCGGAGGGAAGGCCCGCGCGAAGGCCAAAUCUCGUUCAUCAAGAGCUGGACUUCAGUUUCCAGUCGGACGUGUACACAGAUUGCUACGCAAGGGAAAUUACGCCGAGCGCGUAGGCGCAGGAGCCCCCGUGUAUUUGGCCGCUGUCCUGGAGUACCUGACGGCUGAGAUCCUCGAGCUGGCCGGGAACGCAGCCCGGGACAACAAGAAAACAAGAAUCAUCCCCCGGCACCUACAGCUGGCUGUCCGCAACGACGAGGAGCUCAACAAGCUUUUAGGCGGUGUUACCAUCGCCCAGGGCGGAGUGCUCCCAAACAUCCAGGCAGUGCUGCUGCCCAAGAAAACCGAGAAGCCAGCCAAGAGCAAGUAAACGGGGCUUCGCGACCAUGGACAAUGACACAAACGCAGCUAGUCCGAGUAAUGUUCUGUUCCCUACUUCACGUUAUAUUGUGUUUGUUUUAAUGAAGACGACAGCUGCAUCUUGUAAACUUUGUUUUUUUUGAUGUUUUGGACUGACGCACUCCCUCACACAACAGAAGAGACCUACACCACCACUGGCUAUAAAUGGCCGUGGGACAUUAAACCUGCCAUCACGGUGGACUUUCCUUACUGAGAAA